GAGUAACAGAGUGAGACAGAUAGGAGAGGGGCGAGGAAAAAUGCCCCUCGUCGCCUCUCAUUCUGACGCACGCAUGCAAACAAAACAUGCACACGCGGAUCUUCAAAGCCGACUGCUUUUCAUAGUCUCCCUAUUAGCUAAAGAGAUUACAUCUGGGGCCCUGAACCAGAUAAAUAAGGUGAGAGGAGUGUCAGAGCUCAGUCUGCUCCACCUCAGGAUCCUCUCAGCACCUCAGUGGUGAGCAGAAAGGAAACACGCUCUUAAUCAGAGGGACAUUGAGAGAGCGAGAAAGCUGGACUCUGUAGGGAUUACCCUUUUUUUUCCUACCGUGGAUUCCUCUCAUUUCAUCAAGAACAGAUUCACUGCCCUGUUGCUUUCGGGUCGUUUUGCCAUUCUUCUCCAGAACAUUUUCCUUGCCUCUUGCUGUCCUUCAGGGGUUCUUCAGUGGAUUGUACGUGGGAGAGCAGGAGGAGGUGAAGCGGUUCCCCACAGAGGUGUUUUGAGUUAUGGAUGUUGACACAUUCCUUCUGGACACGAAGAGAACUGGAUCCAGCCUGAGCAGCACAAGCAGACGCUACCUCCACGGACGCUUCACUGGUCUUUACCUCCUGGUAUCACCCUUUCUCCCAGCCAGCUCUUCAGCAUGCACCUUUCUGUGAGGCUCAUCCCAGUCUUCCGAGCUCCAGGACAAUGUGCAAAUGGAAAGUGACUAAGGGUGCCUCAGCCUUGUUCCGUCUAUCCUGCCUUUCCCUUCCGCUGCUGCUCCUGCUCCUGUGUUCGGCUCUGUCUGUGGCCUGCCAUGACACCCACAGGGCUGUACGUGCCCCGAGGGGUGCCAACUCCUCAUCGUCUGCUGUGGUGGGGCGGCAUGUGCGCAGCUACAACCACCUCACAGGGGACGUGCGCAAGAGGAAACUCUUCUCCUACCAGAAGUUCUUUCUCAGGAUCGAUAAGAACGGAAAAGUCAAUGGCACCAAAAGCAAGGAUGAUCCGUACAGUACACUUGAAAUCAAGUCUGUGGAUGUGGGCAUCGUUGCCAUCAAGGGGAUCCAAAGUAAUUACUACCUUGCAAUUAACAAGAAAGGGGUGGUCUAUGGGGCGAAGGAUUUUGGCGUUGACUGCAAGCUGAUAGAGAGGAUAGAGGAGAACCGGUACAACACAUACGCCUCGGCAGAGUGGAGGAACAAAAAGAAACCCAUGUUUGUGGGCUUGAUGGCCAACGGGAAGCCGAUGAGGGCCAAAAAGACCCGGAGAAAAAACACAGCCACACACUUUCUCCCCAUUCCUAUCGUGUAGCUACAACCCCACCAAAAGGGAACAUUUAACUGCACUGAGGAAAGACUUGGACUUUUUCGACAGUUUGGAGAAGGCACUAUGUAAAGGAGCUAAGAGAACUCCUUUUCACUGAGUCCGAUUGUUGUCACAUAUUUGUUUUUAAGUUAUUGGCACCAGGGAAAAUAGGGGACAUUUUUAAUGCCAAACCCUUUUCUAGCAAAGGAAAGGUUGGACCAAAUCCGACGGAGAGGAAUUGGACAUUGCAACCUCCCAGAAUGAACUGAAGAGACCUUUCACAGAGUGUAUUGCUUGUGUGUAUUUGUGUGUGUGUGACCUUUGGAUGCAGUUAUUUAUGCUGUACUAACUCAUACGAAACACUCUAACAGACUCUCAAACUCUGUGACUCAGUGGACUGAAAGUUAUGCAAACACUUACUGGAAGCACUUGCUCAAGGUGCAAGACUGAGAGGCCGAGACGGAGACCCUGCAUCCUACCAUCCAAAUUUAGUCAAGCUAGCACCAUAGCGUUAAAAACUCUAACAUUAUUAACAUGCAAAAGCCACUGUAUUUGAUAUCUCCAUUCUUUACCUGACAGCUUUGGAAUAAAUUAUUUAUUUUAUGUAAUAUUUAAAGAAAAACAAAGGCAAAAAACAUGGAAAGGACUUAUUUUUAAUCAUUUAUGCUCCUCUUUUAAAAAGCUAUUCUAUCGGUUACACAUGAAUAAAUAAAUAUAUUUCUCCUUACC